GAACAAGAGCCCGAGCUCGGCCUGGCUGCUGGAGAACAGAUGUCCGACGAAGUUUACCAGGAGGACUUCAGCAGCGGCCACGACCCUACUGUAACCCAAUCGCAUAGCACAGUCACGAGUCCAUGCGGUCAUCCCUGGCCAGCUGGGACUCUUGCGCAAAGAACGGUAGCACCAGAGCUUGGUCAUCAGCAGCAUACCGGUGGCGAGCAGAUGGCGGGGUCCAAGUCAAGCUCUGGCUUAGCGGGCUCUCCACCCAGGGAUACAGGGAUAUAUGAGGAGUGGCCACUGCUACAUGGAGUUUUCAAGCGUAUCACAUUCGACGAUCACACGGAGUUUCAGGCGCAAUGUACCUGGAACAACACGGACGGCCAAAUGGCUCAUGGAAGUUGGCCUCUUCAAGACGCCCGAGUAGAAUAUAAGGGCGACGGCAACUGGACGGUGCACUUUUCUCAUCGCACACAAAAGCGCCGAUACUCCUCAAAGAAGGCCGGAGGGGCGAAGAAGAAGCACGUAGUCGCUGCAUCAGCUAAUGAUAAAACAUAUCCGGUUGAUCGCAUACUGGAAAAAUGGGGCAGGGAUACGUUCCUCCUACAGUGGGGAGACGGCGCGGUAACGUGGGAGCUAAGGGAGAAUAUCCCUGAGGCACUCACGAGCGACUUCGAGCAAGACUUCAAGGGGUUUGCGUGCGGAAUUGAAAUCCUCGGGGACCAGUCUUUCAAGCAGAACAAGAGGCGUAUCAAAAGGUAUCGUGUCAAGUGGAGCGAUGGCAAGGUGUCUUGGUUGAGAGGAAACCAAAUCGGCUGGAAGACCUACAAGGCCCGAAGCUGUAGCUCAGUCACGAAGCAAUAAGGGGGGAGAAAACGCUACAGAGAUGCAGCUCCAGUCGCGACUGGACUAUUGUUGUUCUCGUUCAGUGCGUUACUUGUGUCCUUAAUAGAGCACAGAGAUGCUCUAAAAUCAAUCUCCUUUUUAAAUUGUUCUGUUAUGAUCGC